CACACACACACACACACACACCUGCAGAAGGGGAAAAGAACCAAGAGGGUCUCGAUCCAAAACAUGCCGUUUGCUCAGCUUGUCAUUGGCCCUCCCGGGGCGGGCAAGUCGACGUACUGCAACGGCAUGCAGCAGUUCAUGGGAGCCAUCGGCCGCAAGUGCAGCGUGGUCAACCUGGACCCGGCCAACGAGGCGACGGGGUACUCCCCCGCGGUCGACGUGAGGGACCUGGUCACCCUCGAGGCCAUCAUGGGCGACGAGGACGUUCGGUUGGGACCCAACGGCGGCGUGCUCUACGCGCUCGAGGAGCUGGAGGAAAACACCGCGUGGCUCGAGGACCGCCUGGCCCGGCUGGGCGACGAUUAUGUCUUGUUCGACUGUCCUGGCCAGGUCGAGAUCUUCACGCAUCACGCAAGUCUGAGAAAGGUGUUUGCGAGGCUGGAGAAGGUGGGGUUCAGGCUAGUCGUCGUCAACUUGAUCGACUCAUACGCUCUGACACUACCAUCGCUGUACAUAUCGACGCUCCUCCUCUCCUUAAGGAGCAUGCUCCAACUCGACAUGACGCACAUUAACGUGCUGACGAAGAUCGACAAUCUCUCCAAGUACCCGCCCUUGCCGUUCAACCUGGACUUUUACACCGAAGUGCAAGACCUGUCAUAUCUACUCCCCAGUCUCGAAGAAGAGUCGCCCAUGUUUGGGCAGGGGAAAUUCGCGGCAUUGAACGAAGCCAUUGUCAAUCUCGUCGAGGAGUUUGGGCUGGUAGGAUACGAGACUCUCGCGGUCGAGGACAAGAAGAGCAUGAUGUCGCUUUUGAGAACCAUCGACAGGGCCGGUGGCUACGCCUUUGGGGGCGCCGAGGGCGCCAAUGAUAGUGUCUGGCAGGUUGCCGUCAGAGAGGGAAUGGGCGGGAUGAGUGUCCAGGAUGUCCAAGAAAGGUGGAUCGACAACAAAGAGGAGUGGGAUGAGAAAGAAAGGAAGGAGUGGGAGGAGGAGCAGCAACGUAGGGAAGAGGAGUGGGAGAGUGGGAUGCAACAACAGCAAGGGGAAGAUGAUGCAGACAUGGAUAUGGAUGGUCUGGACGUACCAAAAAUGAUGGGCGACAGUGGUGUUAAGAUUAGGAGGAAAGGGGAGACCGGGCCUGACGGUGGAGGUUCGUGACCAUGGCGCACAAUUGUAAUUUCAUCACUUAGCGAUUUUCCGCCUGUCAACGAUUGUUUGUGGCAUUGCUUUUGCGGGUCGUGAAGGUGCAAUGUCCUCUUCCUCUUGUUCUUCCAAAUGUUGGUCUAAUGCGAGCCAUGGAUGGCGAUCCUGGUGGUUUUUCGGUCGUCGGAAAUAUGUGACCAAGUCAUCUACAGGGCCGAUGACCCAUAUACUUCUGAGAUUGACGAAUGAUGAUGAUGAUUUUCCACGACGGGAGUCGAAGCG